AUGAUAAAAAUUUUAAUUUGCUUAUUCGUUUUAAUACAAAUUUUAUGUUAAGAUGGGGAUGGAAUGGAUGAAGCUAAAAAAUUAUAUUAAGAAUUACAUGGUGAAAUUGAAUUAGAAGAAAAUUCAAAUGAGAAUGAAUAAGAAUAAGAAGACAAAGAAUGUGAAGCAACAAAAUAAGAUGAAUAAAUCUAUAUGGCGAAAUAAUUGUCAAAAGUAGUUUUAGAAGAAUAAAUAGAAAAAAUAACAAAAAGACUUUCUGAUAUAAAUGUUUAAAUUGAAUCUUUGAAAUAUAAUAUGCCAACAAAUGAAAAAUCAGAUGAAUGCAUUGAAUUUAAAGAUUGUGCAGCUUGUACAAAAAAUGCAAAAUGUGGAUGGUGUAGCAUGGAGGAAAAAUGUGUAGCAGGUGAUAAUAUAGCUCCAUUUUAUACAAUGUGCAAUUUUUAUAAUUAUUUAUAUUGUGCAGGAGAAUGUGCUAGAUAUGUUGAUUGUGAUGUAUUUAUAUUAUUAAGGAAAGUCAUGUGUUAAGGAUACUGCCUGUGGAUGGUGUGAAGAUCAACCUCAUAUAAUUAUUAGUUGUGUUUAGCUAGAUUCUGAUGGCAUUUAGUGUCCAUAAAAUUAUUUAAUAGGAGAUGGAGCUGAUAAAUGUCCAAAACGAUAAUUGAUUGUUUUAAAAACUGUAAAUAAUAAGAAAAGAAAAGAAACUAAAGCAGAAGAACCAAAUAAUAAAAACUCAGAAAGAGGCUGGGAGGAUAAUUAUGGUAUUUUUCUCAAUAAUGGAGUUCAUAGUAUUUGUCAGACAAGGAAGAUAUAAGGAGAGAAUGAAUGCUCUUAGAGAAAAUGCUAGUCCUUCUGGAGCAUCAGUUGGAACUAAUGAAUUGGAUAGAUUAUAUGAUGAGAGAGCAACUUUAGAGAAAAAACUUAAUUCUUAUUAGAAAUAAUAUAAAAAACUAGUUGGAGAGGGGGGAGAAGAUGGAUAGGACGAAAAUGCAGAUGAAUGA